AUGCAGGAUCUUCUGCUGGAGCAAGAGAAACGGCACACAGCUGAAAUAAAUAAAUUGUUUGAAAAGAUUGCCACUCUCAGUGCUCCACAGAAAGAUAUUACGUCAGAUGAGGACAUCAAUGUGACACAUUCUGAAAUCUCAACUAACCAAUCACCAAAUAUCUUCCUUGCCACCGCGAUCGUUGAUGUACUUGAUGAGCAAGGAAGAAGAAUUCAGUGUCGUGCACUCCUGGACAGCGGGGCUCAGAUAAAUUUGAUGUCUGCCAAUUUCAUGCGGAAACUCAAUCUACCGAAAUGCCCCACAAAUAUUUCCGUGCUCGGUAUUGGAGCACACUCUUCUCAGGCUUCGCACUCCACUGAAGCCACAAUAUUCUCCAGGAACUCAAACGAACACUACAACCUGCAAUGCAUCGUUGUGCCAAAAAUAACUGGUAAUCUUCCCAACUGCCCGGUUGAUAAUAAGUCUCUUGUGAUUCCACCUGGCAUACAACUUGCCGAUCCCACCUGGUAUCUUCAAAAACCAAUUGAUCUCUUGAUUGGGGGCGAGUCUUAUUGGGACAUAAUUCUUGAUGGCACAAUCGAAUUAGGAGAGGGAAAGCCUAAAUUGAAGCCUACCACUUUCGGGCAUAUUAUCGUUGGAAAACUUCAGCAAGUCUCUGCUUAUUGCAAUUUAACAGUUCUUGAAAGUCUGAACCAAACUUUGUCGCGUUUCUGGGAAAUUGAAGGAUUACCAGAAGACACUCAAAUUAAUGAUGAGCAUAGAGACGCAGAAGAACAUUUCAUGGCCACCCACUCACGUACUCCAGAAGGGCGCUUUGUAGUUGAACUCCAAUUCAAAAGGGACAUAAACGGGCAAAUUCCGAGGCUAGGAGACUCUAGGCAUACAGCUGUCCGUCAGCUUCACAAUCUAGAAAGGCGUUUCCACAAAAAUCCAACUCUCAAACGUCUUUACGUGGAUGUCAUGCAUGAUUAUUUGGACAAGGGUUGGAUGGAAAGGGUACCGGAAUCCGAAGUCAAGAAUUAUGCAUACUAUAUGCCGCAUCACGGCGUACUUAAGGGUGUUUGA